AUGGACUUCGGCAGUUGUGGAACAAGCAUCCUGCCCGCGUACAAGCCGGCUCCCCCAACCAACCUGCCACUGGAUGCUGUUAACAAGGAGAUCAUCACCCAGGAUAGCGACCAGGAAGCAUGGUGGGAGAAGACUGGCCCCCUCCUUGCUAAAGUGCUUGCAUCGGCUCGCUAUAGCCCCGCCCAGCAGAUCAAAUACCUGACCUUCUACCGUAACACGUUCAUUCCCCGGCUCGGGCCCUAUCCCCACCGAUUCCGCUGCGCCAUCUCCCUGGGCGGUCUGCCCCUCGAGUUCAGUGUGAACUACCAGCAACAUGGCAGCCCUCACCCCGUCGCCCGGAUCGGGUUCGAGCCGCUCAGCCCGUUGUCGGGCACAGAGCGGGACCCGUACAACCGUCUCACGAUGCAAGAGUUCGUCGGGGAACUGGAAAGGCUCCAGAUCCCUGGAUUCGAUACCCGUCUGCUGGAGCGGUUUUGGGCCCUCCACGCGCUGACCCCGGACGAACAGGAUAGCCUGAAAGGCGCCGCCCCGGAGUACAGUGACCGCCGCUCGCAAGGCAUGUUCGGGUUCGACGUCAGGGACGACGCCAUUUCCGUCAAGGGGUACACGCUCCCGAUGCCGAAGUGCCAGGUGACCGGGCAGAGCGUCGCCAGCUUACACCGGGAGUCCAUCCGGCAGCUGGGCUCGAUGCUGGACUACUACUCGGCCGCCUUCCCCCUCAUGGACGCGUACAUGGAGGAGACGGGCGGGUACGAGCGGUCGGCAUUCUUCUCGUGGGACUGCACGGCGCCGGCCCAGUCUCGGCUCAAGUUCUAUGGCUAUGAGAUCGAGGUGACCUGGGCCAAGAUGGAGGAGCUGUGGACCCUGGGUGGCCGCGUACAGUCUCCGACACGGGCUCGCGGGCUCGAGUAUCUCCAGGAGCUGUGGGAGGUGAUGGAGCUGCCGUCGGGGCCCCGGCCGGUGACCGAGGAUUUCAACGCCGGGGCGACCCCGCGUCGGACGCCAAUCGUGUAUAACCAUGAGAUCCGGGCGGGGGACCCGGUGCCCAUCACCAAGCUGUACCUGCCUGUGCACGGCGAGAAUGACGGGCGGGUGGUGCGAGCCGUGGCACGGUUCCUGCAGCGAAUCGGGCUGGAGGAGUAUGGCGCGGGGCUGGAGCAGACGGUGGAGGAUUUCUACCCCGAACGCGACCUGGGCAAGACGUCGUGCCUGACGUCGUGGAUCUCGUUCGCGUACAGCGAGAAGACGGGGACCCACGACCCCAUCGCCGCCGACAAGCCCCUCAUCAGCUCCCCAUUGCUGCAGGAGCAGGUCAAGGCCGAAAACCUGCUGCACCGCGCUCGUCAGCUCUACAAGAUCGCCGAGUUGGGCCAGGAGGAGUAUAACCACCCCACCCGCGUCAUCGGCAGCAAAGGACACCUCGGCACCCUCGACUACAUCUACUCCACCCUCACCGACCUCGGCGACUACUACACCGUCUCCAACCAGUCCUUCCCCGCCGUCACCGGCAAUGUCUUCGAGUCCCGUCUCGUCCUGGGCCACACCGUCCCCGAGUCCGCCACCGCCAUGGGCUUGACCCCCCCGACCAAACACAAGGAGCCCGUCUACGGCCAGCUCGUCGCCGUCGCCAACCACGGCUGUGAGGCCUCCGACUACCCGUCCGACCUCGCCGGCGCUGUGGCCCUCAUCAGUCGAGGCACUUGUCCCUUUGGAACCAAGUCGGACUUGGCCGGCAGGGCGGGCGCCGUCGCCGCCGUCGUCUACAACAACGAGCAGGGCGACCUCAGCGGCACGCUGGGCACCCCGACCCCGGAUCAUGUCUCCACGUUCGGCAUCUCCGACACCGAUGCCGCCCCGUUCCUCGAGAAGCUGCACCGGGGCGAGAAGGUCGAUGCCAUCGCCUACAUCGACGCCAUCGUCGAGACCAUCCACACCACCAACAUCAUCGCCCAGACCACGGGCGGCGAUCCGGACAACUGUGUCAUGCUGGGUGGGCACAGCGACAGUGUCGGGGAGGGCCCCGGCAUCAACGAUGACGGCUCCGGCAGUUUGACCCUGCUGGAGCUGGCCACCCUGCUCACCCAGUACAGCGUCAACAACUGCGUGCGGUUUGCCUGGUGGGCCGCCGAGGAGGAGGGUCUGCUCGGCUCCGACUACUACGUCUCGGUCCUCACCCCGGCGGAGAACCAAAAGAUUCGCCUCUUCAUGGACUACGACAUGCUUGCCUCCCCCAACUUUGCAUACCAGGUGUACAACGCCACCAACGCGGUCAACCCGGUGGGCUCGGAGGAGCUGCGCGACCUGUACACCGAGUUCUACGACGACCACGGCCUGAACUACACCUUCAUUCCCUUCGAUGGCCGGAGCGACUACGAUGCCUUCAUCCGUCACGGCAUUCCGGGCGGUGGCAUCGCCACCGGUGCGGAGGGGGUCAAGACCGUGGAGGAGCAGGCCAUGUUUGGGGGCGUCACCGGUGAGUGGUACGAUCCGUGCUACCACCAGCUCUGCGACACCGUCGCCAACUUGAACCUGACCGCCUGGGAGUGGAACACCAAGCUGGUCGCCCACUCCAUUGCGACCUACGCCAAGUCGUUCGACGGUUUCCCGGAGCGGACUGAGGAGACCAGUGUCUCUUCCAUGGAGGAGCCGAAGUACCACGGUCCCUCCUUGAGACAGUGA